AUGGACGUGAUGAGAGAUGCGAUCAACAAGUCCAACAACCGAGGGGAUCAAGCUAAACCUGCAGAUACAGGAGGCUCAGGAAUCCAUAAAAGAGUGCCCUGCAUCUUCUCUCUUGGAAAUAGCUUUAUCAGCAGCAUGAAUGAAGGAGAAGUGUUUCAUGAGAAGCAAAGGUUGGAGUUUUGCGCGAUCCACGCUCUGAACAACGUGCUGCAGGAGCGGGUGUUCACCAAAGAGUCUGCGGAUGACAUCUGCAAAAGGCUUGCUCCACAGUGUAUGGUGAAUCCUCAUCGCUCAGUGUUGGGCACAGGGAAUUAUGAUGUUAACGUCAUCAUGGCGGCUCUGCAGUGUCGAGAGCUGGCUGCAGUGUGGUGGGACAAACGCAGAGCAAUACAGAGUCUUUGUGUAUCGAAGGUCCUCGGGUUCAUCCUCAAUGUCCCGUCGCGUAUCUCUUUGGGGAUUGUCUCACUCCCGCUGCGACGGCGGCACUGGCUAGCUGUUCGCCAAGUGAUGGGACAGUACUACAACCUGGACUCCAAACUGAAGAACCCCGUCAGUAUCGGAGGAGAGGCCAACUUACGCACUUUUCUCAGUGAACAGCUUUCUCAGGAAGUGGCCGAGAUGCUCUUAGUCGUGCGAAGAGAUGUGGAGGAGGACGGAUCGUGGCUGAUAACAGAUGACCUCAAGAAGUGA